AUGCCUGCGCCCAGGGGCGUCGAGGGUGCAUGUCUCAGGGUUGAUAUCCUUCGUAUCAAUCCACAUAUGUCAGGGGCUUUGUUGACAGUUCCAAGGGUCAACAAGUACGGGACAAGGGGUCGGUGCGGCGCCAACAGUGGCAUCGAUUCGAGUUGCUGCAGAAAUCUGCGGCUCAACCCUGGUCAUCAAAUUUUCUGUUCGUUUGCCUUCCUGUGUCUGGCCAGUCGCCACGCCAGCGCGUCCGAUCCAGCCAGCACGGCGCUGAAUCCGUGCCAGAGCUCGCAUUUGUUUCAGGAAAUCAAUCAGCGAGGCACAGCCAUUAAGGCUGGCUGCAGCAGCAGAAAGGCUGCAGAACAUGUAUGGAGCAGGCAGCAAUAG